AUGCCUGCGGUUGACGAGCCUUCACAUUCGCAUAUGCGCUCACAACGACCGCCUAUGGACGUGACGUCUCAUUCUCGUUCGGCUGCCGGUAGCGUCAGCGGUCGUAACCUCAGUGCUACGUUCCAGCAUCAGGUACAAGUCGAUGCUGGCAACUUACGCUCGUCGUAUCAGGACUCACGGACGAACAAGAAACGUCAGAGUAAUAGCAAGAAGAAUGCACACAUGCGGCACUCCCUUAUGCACGUACAGACGGAGCCGCGAGGAUCUGGUCGCUCGAGUGCGUCGUCUACGUCGGGUUCGGCCUUGUCUCCACCUGAUCGAGCGUCCAAUUACUUUAAUAUGCACACUAUAAACAGAGGAGCGAGUCCUCAGAACCAGCUGUAUCCAGGGUAUACAACUGCACCUCCAGCAGGUGAUGAUAUUCUCAAGGUGGAUAUUCCUAAAUGGAAGUCUAAACUUACAACGGACAGAGCAGAUAGAUUGCAUAUUCCUGUGGGUGCAGAUAGUGCUGGUAAUUCACCUGUGGGUGGUCCAGCUGUGAGAACGUCGACAUGGGACGGGAAAGAUGGACGUGGAGGACAUGGAGGAUCCAUGGGGGCUUUGGUGCUUGGGAAAGACCGGGAUACUGGUAGUAAAAAACGUUAUACGGUCUUUCAAGUCUAUGUGAACUUUCAGUCGGGAGCAGUGCGCGUGUCGGAGAAGCGAUACAGCCACUUUCGAGAGCUCCAUAAGAUGUUGAGGAGAAAGUAUGCAGCGGUCGGAAAACUGUACUUCCCACCAAAGAAAUUCUUCAUGUCGCUCUCACUGCGUGUGAUUGAACAGCGUCGCGAAGCUAUCGAGGCAUACAUAAAUGCAGUCCUGACGUUACGACCACGGCCGAUUGAGAUUGUGGAAUUCCUUAGUAGUGGAAGCAGCUCGGCGGAUGACGAAGAUGAGGAUGGCAACAGUACUGGCGGGCCGACACGCGGAGUGGACAUGGUGACGACGCCGAAACACGUGCAGUCGGUGUCUACAGCUCUUGGAACAUCGUUGCGACUCAGUGGGAGCAACAGCGUCGCCUCGGAAGAUGCAGGAGAACACAUGGUGACCAUGCAAGAUUUUGAGAUUCUUAAAAUGCUUGGCAAGGGAUCGUUUGGGAAAGUCUAUAUGGCUAAAGAACGUGGGGCGGAUAGCAAGAUCUACGCGAUGAAGGUGUUGCGUAAAUCAGAACUGGUCAAACGGAACCAGGUGGGCCACACGAUGAUGGAGCGUCGCAUCAUGAGCUCAAUUGAUCACCCUUUCAUCGUUGGGCUAAAGUACUCUUUUCAGACUGCCAGCAAGCUCGUGAUGGUGUCGGAUUAUUGCUGUGGUGGAGAGAUUUUCUUUCACCUGAAAAAGUUUCGCUCCUUUUCGGAAGCAAUGGUGCGUUUCUACGCAGCGGAGCUAGUAGCGGCCAUUGGUCACUUGCACGAGCGUGAUAUUAUAUACCGAGACCUCAAACCCGAGAACAUUCUUCUUGACGAGAUGGGUCACGUGCGUCUGACUGACUUUGGUCUUUCUAAAACGGACUGCACUGAUUUUACAGGAGCCAAGACGUUUUGCGGUACUCCCGAGUACUUGGCACCAGAGAUGCUCAUUAGCCGCAAAAAGAAAACUGAGUACGGCAAGGCCAUCGACUGGUGGAGUCUUGGCACGCUCAUGUACGAAAUGCUCACAGGCUGGCCGCCUUUCUUCGACCGCAAUAUCGAGCAGAUGUGUACCAAGAUCAUGAAGUCACCGCUAAAGUUCCCUGCGCAUUUUGGUCUGAGCUCAGAAGUCAAGAGUCUCAUUUCUGCGUUGCUAGAACGAGAUCCGAUGUACCGAGUCGGCUCGCGUCCUGGUGCCGGUGUAGAGGACAUUAAGAAUCACGUGUUUUUUGCCAGCAUCGAUUGGACGUUACUGGAAAAGCGUGGCAUUAAACCGCCUUUCAAGCCGCGUGUUCGCAGCCCAACGGAUAUUCAAAACUUUGACCGUGAAUUCACAAAAGAGUUACCUGACCACGGUUUCUUGCAACAAGACAAACGUCUUCCCAUGUCGCCCAAGAACGAGUUUCAGGGGUUCUCCUACAUUCGGACAGUGGAGCCAACGUCAGGGUCGCGUGACUCAAGCAGCAAGCGGGAGAAGCGAAGGUCGGGACGACGGUCGGAGCAACGAACAAGUGAAGGAAUUGAGCGCGAGUCAGCGGCAGAUCAGCAGCAUCCAGAAUUUGGCCUCGUCGCCCGCGACAGCACGGAUUACGAUACUGGCUGUAUCUAG